AUGAGUAAUGAAAAAUGUUAAGAACAUUAAGAAGAAAUUGUGGCAAUCAACAUAAAUGAGUAAACUAAUUAAAAAAGAGGAUUAUGCACCAAAUGUUUGAUUAAUAAAUAUAACAAUGAACUUAUACAUGUUCAAGAUUCUAUUGAAAAGAUUAAUUAAGCAAAGUAAUAAGUUAAAGAAGAGAGAUCCAUUUAAUUAUAAAUUAAUUUACAGAAUAUCAAUAAAUUAAGUGAAACUGUUUAAGAAUUGAAAAAUUUCUACAUUCAAUAAAUUGAUAAGAUUAAUUCUACUAUUAAAAAGUGGUCAUAAUCAAUUUAAAAUGGGGAAUCAAACUUUAUUAAUAAAGUAAAAUCAAAAUAAUCAAAUGAUUAUUAGGUUUUUAUCAAAUUUAUUAAGGAAGAAGAAAAUAACAUGAAACUCUAUUAAUCUACAUUUUAAAUGGAUAUUUACAAAUAAAUUCAAUCAUUAAUAGAAACAGAUUUAAUUAAAAAGUGUUUCAAUUUCCUAGAUAAAACACAAAUAAUAAUUAAAAUUAUUGAAUAGUAAGAUCAAAAAUAAUAAGAAUUCAAAUCAUAAUAAUUAAAUCCAUUCACUUAUAAUUUAAUACAAAAGAAUUCAAUUAAAUAAACUGAAUGGUGUGGUGCAAUAGCAUUCAAUAAAGAUAAUUCAAUUGUUUUAGUUGGUUGUGAAAGUAAGAUUAAAGUAUUUGAAUUCAAAUAAGAAUAGUUGAAAUAAACUCAACUUCUAAAAGAACAUUCAAAAAAUGUUAAUACUUUAAAUUUUAUGAAGAAAUCCAGUUAAUUUAUUUCAGGAAGUGAAGAUUCAAGUAUUAUAAUAUGGUCUAUGAAUGAAAAUAAUUAAUGGAUUUGCAAAUAAAAAAUAAAUGGACAUUCAAGUUAUAUUUAUUGUUUAAUAUUGAACAAUAAUGAAGAUAUUAUCAUAUCUGGUAGUGCAGAUAAGAAAAUUAAAUUUUGGAUGGAGUAAAAUGAAUGGAAAUGUUCAUAAACAAUCACAGAUCAUACUAGUAAUGUAUAUGGAUUAAGUAUGAAUGAUUAAUAGAAUAAAGUGAUUUCUUGUAGUGGUGAUAAAUUAAUAUUAAUAAUAGAACAGUCAUCAAAAGAUUAAAAAUGGAAUGUUGUAUAAAACAUAAAAGUUGAAUAGUUUGGUAACAGAAUAUGCUUUAUGAAUGAUGAUGUAUUCACCUUUUAACCUGUUGGUAAAGAGUAUAUGCAUAUUUAUGAGAUAAAUAAUACUAAUAAAUAGUAUUCAAAGACAAAAGACAUAGUACUUAAAUCUAGAUAUUAAGAUUAUAAUUGUUUAUUUCCUUAAUAAUAUAUAAAGUAGAAAUGUCUACUUGUAAAUAAAAAUGCAGACAAUAUUAAUUUGAUAAGGACCAACCAAAAUGGACAUUUUAUAACUGAAUAGUCAAUUGAUUUUGGAACAUAUAAUUUAUUUGGAUCAAUGAGUGAUAAUGGAGACUAUUUGAUUACAUGGGAUGAGAAAUCUUAAGAAAUUUAAAUAAGAAAAUAUUAAGAAAAGUGA